GCUACUGCCGUCACUGAUAUUCACCGCCCUAAGUUACCACUCUUAAGGCUAGGCGGCUAGCUUAUUAGCUCUAAUCCUAUAAUCUCAACAGUUAGGGUCAGUUCGUUUGACUGUCCGAGCUGGCUUCACCUGAAUGUAGUUUCGAACAGAAUCCCGCAUGGUCGUCAAGAGACCCAAUCAGAAUGAGCGUAAAGAACGACAUCACUGUGAAAAGCACUUAUCUAACUGUGUCAGACAUGGUCUGCAUGCUUUUAGCAAAAGUGUUUGAAUAGGAGUUUAAAGCAUUACGCUUAAGGCUCGUUGAUGUUCAGAUUUAAAAUGUGUCUAAACAUAUUUUAAAAGAACUCGGCCCCAUAUGUAUAGAUUCUGGUCCGGAAACAAAACAGGUACAGCGUCCCACAAAAGUGAGCACAACCCUCACAUCACGUUUGUAAAUAUUGUAUCUUUAUCAUGGGACAAUAUUUAAUAUAUUGUACUUGAGACAACGUAAGGCAGCCAGUUCGUAUAAUAAUGUAAGUUUGCUAUUCCCCAGCCAUUAAUGUCUAAACCGCUAGUGUUACAAGCUCUGAGGUGUGAAUGGAGUAGCAGGCGUGUUAAAUUCGUUGUUAUCGCUUCAGUGCUCUCUUAUACUAGUCACUGGAAGCUUAACAUGGUAAAAAAAAAAACAAAAAAACAAAAAACCCUCAAUGGAUUUAAAAACAAGAAUUGUUACCAAACAUAAAGAUGGACUAUAGGCUACAAGAAGAUUGCCACGACCCUGAAACUAGAACCUGCGGUCUGAUGAUGUCAAGAUCAACUUAUUUGGUUCACAUGGUGUGAAGUUUGUGUGGCAGCAACCAGGAACACCAGAUUAAUUAACGCUUCUCAUGCUGAGGAAGAUGGCUAAAGAUCAGAGGCACAACAGAGUAGAGACAUUUGUGCUGGCUGGAUCGAAUGGUCACAAUGGCCAGCAGUGGCAGACCGACGCCAACAACUCGAGACCAGACCACCCUGCCACGGCCAACCACGUCUCUAGGAUGGCCCGCGUCGCCUCCGACGUCAGACACAAGUGCGCGGCCUAUGUGCUGGCUCUGAGGCCGUGGAGCUUCAGCGCCUCGCUCAUACCCGUGGCCCUCGGCAGUGCCUUGGCGUACAAGCUGGACGGCUCUGUGGACCUGGUGGUCCUGAUGGUGUGCGCCGUGGCCGUCCUCGUGGUCCACGGUGCCGGGAAUCUUGUGAACACCUACUACGACUUCUCCAAAGGAAUCGACCACAAGAAGAGUGAUGACAGGACUCUCGUCGAUGAAAUUCUGGCACCACAGGAUGUCGUCAUGUUCGGUGCGCUGCUGUAUUCCUUGGGGUGCCUGUGCGCCACUCUCCUCUACUUCCUAUCGACGCUCAAGCUGGAGCACCUCGCCCUUAUUUACUUUGGGGGUCUUUCCAGCUCUUUUUUAUACACUGGAGGCAUCGGCCUCAAGUAUGUUGCCCUGGGAGACAUAGUGAUCCUCAUCACCUUCGGCCCCCUGGCGGUGAUGUUCGCCCAUGCUGUGCAGGUGGGCUACCUGUCGGUGCUGCCGCUGGUCUACGCCGUCCCGCUGGCCCUCAACACAGAAGCCAUCCUGCACAGCAACAACACAAGAGACAUGGACUCGGACAAGCAAGCCGGCAUCGUCACGCUGGCCAUCCUCAUAGGCCCCACGCUGUCUUACGUCCUCUACAAUCUCCUGCUCUUCGUCCCGUACGUGCUGUUUUGCAUCCUCGCCACCCGGUACACCAUCAGCAUGGCUCUACCGCUGCUCACGCUGCCGAUGGCCUUCCCUCUGGAGAAGCAGUUCAGGAGUCGUUGCUACGCCAAGAUCCCCCAAAAAACUGCCAAGCUCAACCUCCUCAUGGGACUCUUCUACGUUUUUGGGAUCAUCCUGGCGCCUCCCGGCAGCUUGCCGCUACUGUGAUUCUUUAGAGUCAACGCAUCGAAACUCUUGUUUAUUACUCACUAGUUUAUAGUACCUCUUUUUAUUUGUAAAAAGAAAAAGUCUAAAGGCUUGUGCUGGCUUUUAUUUAUUUGCUAAUUUAUAAGCUGAAAAGUUUAGCUUUCAAAGUGACAAAGCAAAGCAGGUUUCUGACAGUAUUAAACCAUCUUUAAUCUGUUAAGAGAAAAGCAAAUCUGCAGCUGCCGGAUUUGUAGUACAGUACAUGAUAUCAGCACAAAUAUAAUAAACCAUACUCCUCAACAUUAUGUUGUUUUUUUGUUUUGUUUUGUUUUUAUGGUACUCAGAGUCCAUUUGGUGUUUGUCAUUUUUAUUUCUCAAGAGCCAAAUAAUUUGAGGUCAUUGUAAUAAAACUCACUUGUGCUGAACUA